AUGGAAAUGCAAUCAUGUGACAAUAAAAUAAAUAAUAAAGAUGUCAAUGAAUUAAAUUACACAAAUAAAAACAGCAGAAGAAAUCGAAUUAAUGAGAUAGAAUUAGGCUACAAUAAGGAGUGCAAUUAUAAAAUGUUUUUUUUUAUAGUUCAAUUGCAACAGAAGUUAAAAGAUUUAGAAAAGGAAAAUGAAAGAUUAAAAAUACUAUUGAAAAGAUAUAACAAAGAAACUAUAGACCAUGAUAAUAAAAUGAUAAAGAAAGUUUUGUUCAUAUUAAGUUGCAUAAUAUUUGUUAUUAUUUUUUUCUUAUUUUAA